CUCUUUACAGCAGAGUCUGAGUUCUUUGUAUUUUAAAAGCCCAUUAAGGAAGGAUCUGCUUUUUCUAGGUGGCAUGGGCACUGCUGCAAGCUCACUUCCAAACCCAGGGUGUCUUUUUCCUUUUUAACCCAUAUUCAAUGAAAAACUACCGACACAGUUCUGAUUUAAGUACCCGCAAACACCUCCACCAGCACGCGAUUAGGCUAGGCUUUUGUUGUUGUUCAAAACAUCACAGUUCCGACACUUGUUUCCAACAUCCUAGCCAUCAAAUCAAAACGAAUAUAUUUGACUUCCGGCCUUAAUUACAAGUCGACACAAAACAACUCUUGGAGAAUUAACUCCAUAAAACCUUACUGAACUAUCCACCCCGGCCUUUUUAAAAACAGUCCCCCCGUUUCCCCCGGACCCGGCCUUUUUGAAACACACCCACUUGAUCCUAUUCCUAUCGGGUAAGCCGCUCACUUCUCCUGCAAAAUUAAACUCUUGGUAAACAUCUAAUGUAUGUGUGUGUUUGGGGGGGGGGGGUAGACCCUCUGGAGAUGCGUACGUACUCCAUCCGCAGGUCCAAGUCUGGACCCUAAAGGCCGGCUACGCAUCCUCUACCUCCUCCUGGACACCGUCCGUUUACCUAGCUUGCCCUCGAGCCCAGACCCGGGGAGAGAAGGCCACCUCGGCCACCGAGCCGCGCGAUUACAAAGGAGGACCGCGUCCGCCUUUGUCCUGCCUCGGGAGCUGGAGCGCCCCCCGUCUCCGCCGGCGUCUCCUUCCCCCCCACCCCACCAGCUCCCUCCACCUGUCUCACCCCGGCGAUCUGCGUCAGCCGUCACCAAGCAGCCCGGCCAGCCCAGGAAGUGAAGCAGCCUCCCAGCAAGGCAGGGACCUCCCAGACAGAGCUGGCGAGGAAAAUGAAGCUCCCGAUGUUCAUAGUGGAUGCAUUCACGGCAACUGCUUUCCGGGGCAACCCUGCUGCCGUCUGCCUCGUGGAAAAUACAUUGGAUGAAGACUCUCAUCAGCACAUUGCAAGAGAAAUGAAUCUCUCUGAAACGGCUUUUAUCCGAAAACUGCAACCAACCGACAACUUCACACAAAGUUCCCGCUUUGGACUCAGGUGGUUUACUCCGGAGAGCGAGUUCCCGCUGUGUGGCCACGCCACCCUGGCUUCCGCGGCUGUGCUGUUCCAUAAAAUGAAGAACACAAACAACACCCUAACCUUUGUCACUAUGAGUGGGGAACUAAAGGCCAGAAGAGCAGAGGACGGGAUUGUCCUGGACUUUCCUCUCUACCCAACCUCCCCCCAGGACCUCCAUGAAGUAGAAGACUUGAUAAAGGCAGCCAUAGGUGACACCCUGGUCCAGGAUAUCCGGUACUCUCCAGAUACCAAAAACCUCAUGGUCCGGCUCAGCGAUUCUUACAACAGGUCCUUUCUAGAGACCCUGAAGGUGAACACAGAGCCUCUGCCUCGAAUUGAACAGACAGGGAAGGUGAAAGGACUCAUUCUCACUCUCAAAGGAGAGCCUGGGGGGCGGACACCCCAAUAUGACUUCUACUCCCGAUACUUUGCGCCAUGGGUUGGUGUGGCUGAAGACCCGGUAACAGGGUCCACCCACACUAUACUUGGCCCCUACUGGUCUGAGGAGCUGGGCAAGAAAGAGAUGCGAGCCUUCCAGUGUUCCCGCCGAGGAGGGGAACUGGACAUUUCCCUGCGACCUGAUGGCCGAGUUGACCUGAAGGGUGGCGCUGCUAUUGUCUUAGAGGGCACGCUCACAGUCUAGAGACACCUGUGCUGGGCUGUGGCCGCGGCUGAACACGGUGUUUUCUCUACACCAAAAAAGCAAAUCAAACAAGCAAACAGCAAACGCCCAGAGCUUGCUUCAGCGAGCUCACCGACCAGCGCCCUCAACCCUCUUGUGAAGAACAGAAAGGAAGCCAGUUGAUGGAGAGGAGAUGGCGUCUCCAGACUCCUUAGCUGAUGAUGGGCUCAGGCCUCUGCCUGUCUUCAGUGGCCCACAGCAGAGAGUGAUGCUGUCACUUCUUUCGAUUAUGACUGCCAAUCAAAGUGAGAGAUCCAUUGAUAAGGAUCCAGAUGAAAUUUAGAUUUAGGUGUGUACACCCCAUAGAAGUUUUAUAACUGUAUAUAUAAUUUUAAUUUAAAGACAGAGUCGUACUGUAUAACCCUAGCUUGGAAGAACUCUCUAUGUAGACCAGGCUACCCUCCGACUCACAGACAUUUGCCUACCUCUGACUCUCGAGUGGAUUAAUGGUGUGCUCCAUCAUGCCCAGACUCAUAAUCUUUUUAGUAGACCCAAUUGCUCUGUGGAAAUGCAGACCAAACACUAAAGAGAAUAGACUGUAAACUGUUAAGGAGGCCAGGCUAUGGCUGUGGGGAAUUUGGAGUCACAUGACUGUGAAAACAGCAAAGAGAAACAGGUUCGUGUGGGAAGAUUCAGAGGAAUCUUAGUGUCAGUGAGUAACACUCAGGACAAAACCCAGGGAAUUAAGACAAAGUGUGUAUCUGAGUAGAUUAUAUGAUGAUAAAAAUAAACACUGAGAACAGCAUGAUCUUA